CCUUCAGACUCUGUGGAGCAGGUGCAGCUUGGUCCAUCCAGAUGGAGCGUCUCCAGGUGCUGGGAUUCUUCAGCCUCUUCAUCCUCCACGCUGCCCAGAGCUCCUCAAACAGCUCUCAGCCCGUGUACCUGCUGCUGGUUCCCAGGACCCUUCGCUCCGGAGUCCCAGUGUCUCUGAGCGUCUCCGUCCUCAGCGAGGCCGAGGUCCUGGUGUCUGCUCACAUCCUCCAUGGAGACCAGACGCUGUCCUCGGCGUCCACCACUGUGGGAGGAGGUUCAACUGAGCUGCUGACGAUGCCUCCAAUCCUCAAGAGCGACUCCAGCUCCAAGAUCCCCUACAUCCUGGAGGUCAAAGGUCACGUGGGGACCCUCCAAUAUUUCUUCAACUCAACAGAGCUGCGCUUUGACUCCAGAAGCGUCUCCAGCUUCAUCCAGACGGACAAACGGAACUACCUGCCCAGGCAGGCGGUGAAGAUCCGAGUGGUUUCCAUCUAUCCUGAUGGGAAACCGUGCCUCAGCUCCGUGGACGUCACAGUCUCAGAUCCGAGAGGCAACCUGCUGAGACAGUGGUUGUCCAUGGACGGCGUCCUGGGCGUCGUGUCCACAGAGUUCCAGCUGUCUGAGAACCCUCCUCUGGGAGAGUGGACCAUCGGAGCCACAGUCGAUGGUGUUUCAAGCAAGACGAACAUCACCGUGGCUUAUUAUGUGCUGCCAAAGUUUGAGGUGAAGCUGGACGUCCCACAGGUCGUCUUACAGAACGAGUCUCUGUCCGGCUCCGUCACUGCAGAGUACAUGUACGGGAAACCUGUCCAAGGACGCAUGUCUCUCACCUUCUUCCACCACUUCCAUGGGGGUGUAGACACGUACAAUCAAAGUGGAGAGUUUGAGGGCACAGAAGAGUUCAGCUUCUCUCUCCCCGGCUGGAGGAGCAGACCAGCUGUGGAGAUGGAUUUUUAUGAAGGAUUCAUGGAGGAGCCGUUUCUCACCGUCGUGGUGAACGUGACAGAACAUCUCACAGGUCUCACCUAUAACACUUCGGCCAUUGUGUCUCUGGCACAACACAAAUAUAAACUUUCCUUUCACGGCUAUUCCAAAACGUUGAAGCCCUCAUUAACGUUCACUGCCAUGCUGAAGAUAUCAACAUACAACGACCAGCCGCUGUCCCCGGAGGAUCGGAGGAACCUGGUUCAGGUGUCGGUGCUGCAGAGGAAGCAGAGUCUCUGGGACUGGAAAAGGGACGAGAUGUUAGAGAUGAGGCCUCGUGUGUCCAACAUGUCGGGUCCUCAGAUCCCAGAGGAGAUGCCACCUAAAGAAAUGGAGUUUCCAGUUCCUGCAGAUGGAGUCAUCCCGCUCCACGUCCUGGUCCUGAAUGAAACUGAUACAGUCAUCAUUGUUGCAUCUUUUGUGGACGGCCACAGAAUUCUGCAGCUCUACAGGAGCUACACGUCCCCCAGUCACACGUACCUGCAGAUCCAGGAACCCUCCAGCGCGGCCGAGGUCGGUUCUCCCGUCCAUCUGCACAUCCAGCAGAACUUUCCAACAACGGAGAUUCAAUACAUCGUGAUGUCCAGAGGUCAGGUGGUCUCUACAGGUCAGGGCUCCGGUGACCUGACGCUGACCCCUGAGACCUCCUGGGCUCCUCUGGCCUGUGUCCUCGUCUUCUGUGUCCGUCCUGACGGGGAGAUCGUCAACGAUGUGCUGCAGCUGCCAAUCAAACCAGCUCUACACAACCAGGUCUCUCUGAGCUGGAGCCAGGCGGUGACGCAGCCCGGGGGUGAGGUCACACUCCGGGUGGGGGUGGCGGAGCCCGGCUCGCUGGUCGGGAUCCUGGUGGUGGACAAGGCCACGCGGGGGGGGGGAUCCGACAACGACAUCACCAAGACGAGGGUGAUGGAGCAGAUGAGGCAGUUCAGCGUUUCCCCGGCUGACGCCUUCUCUGACAGGUGGACAAUGGGAGAUCCGGCCUCUGUCCUCAAGGUCUGUGAUUUCGUGGCUCUGACCGACGCCAGUUUACACGGGAUGAAAAAUCCACCUUGGCCCAUGUUUCCAGGGGAGGACAUGUUCAUGUUCCAGAACGAGGAUCCAGAGAUGCAGCCGGAUCCACGAGAGCGCCUGAACUUCCCAGAGACCUGGAUGUGGCUGGACACCAACGUGAGUGACUCGGUCACAAAGGAGCUGAGGGUCACUGCACCAGACAGCAUCACCACCUGGGUCGCCACCGCCUUCGUCAUGUCGGAGAAGCUGGGACUGGGCGUGGUCCAGGAGCCUGCCGAGCUCACGGUGUUCCAGGAGUUCUUCCUGUCCCUGAACCUGCCGGCGUUCAUCAUCCGAGGAGAGGAGGUGGUGCUGGAGAUCAUCCUGUUCAACUACCUGCUGCAGGACCUGGAGGUCAUGGUGACGGUGGCGCAGAGCGACACCUUCCAGUUCGUCUUCCCGGACGUGGAGGGCCUCUCCAUGCCCGGCAUCCGGCGGCUGUCCAUGCGGAGCCAGAGCGGGGGGGCCGUCCUCAUUCCCAUCAAGCCACUGGUCCUCGGGGAGAUCCCAGUCUCUGUGAAGGCCAAGUCGCACGCGGCCUCAGACUUCGUGCGCAGGACGCUGCUCGUCAAGGCUGAAGGGAUCGAGCAGACCUUCUCGUCCUCGCUGCUGUUGGAGGUUUCUCCGUCUCAGUCGAGGGUCUCCUCACACGUGGCCUUCAGCUUACCAGCAGAUCUGGUGCCGGGCAGCCAGAGAGCGGAGGUGACGGUGAUCGGCGACCUCCUCGGCCCCUCCCUCAGCGGCCUGGACUCUCUGAUCCAGAUGCCGUACGGCUGUGGCGAACAGAACAUGAUCAACUUGGCUCCGAGCAUCUACGUCCUGCAGUACCUGAACGCCACGGGCCAGGCCGACCCGGCCACCACGGCCCGGGCCACCGGCUACAUGCUGACAGGCUACGAGCGGGAGCUGACCUUCCAGAGGGCGGACAACUCCUUCAGUGCGUUCGGAGACCGCGACUCCUCCGGAAGCACCUGGCUGAGCGCUCUGGUGCUGAGGUGCUUCCUGCAGGCGCGCUCCUUCAUCCCCAUCGACCAGCACGUGCUGCAGGGGACCGCCACCUGGCUGGUCGCCCAGCAGGGGGCCGACGGGAGCUUCCUGGAGGUCGGCCGGGUCAUCCACACCGAGCUCCAGGGAGGUCAGGACAGUCCCGUGUCCCUCACUGCGUACGUCCUCAUCGCGCUGCUGGAGGACGACAGCAUCAAGGCUCAGAUGGGGACCCAGGUGUCCUCGGCGUUGAUGUUCCUGGAGACUCGUCUGGCUCUGGGAGUCUCCAGCAGCUACAGCCUCAGUCUGCUCGGCUACGCUCUGGCUCUGUCCGGCAGCGCCAGCGCCGCCACGGCCGUCAGCCAGCUGAUUGGACGAGCCCAGAUGACCGACGGCGUCCCGGCCUGGUCGUCCCCGGACGCCGGCCUGUCGGCCUCGUGGCAGCCGCGCUGUGCAGACAUCGAGAUGUCGGCCUACCUGCUGCUGACUCUGCACAGACUGGGUCGCAUGGAGGAGGGCGUCGGCCUCCUCAAGUGGCUCAGUCGCCAGCGGAACCACCGCGGAGGAUUCGGAAGCACUCAGGACACGAUCGUCGCCCUCCAGGCCUUGUCCACGGUCGCAGCGUCCAGCGGCUCGCACCACUUCGACCUCAACGUCCAAGUGACCUCGGAGUCGACCGCCGUGGCCUCGUUCCACAUCCACCAGAGCAACUACAUGCUGCUGCAGAGUCAGCAGGUGCAGCCACAGGGGGAGCUGCUGCUGAAUGUGACGGCCGAGGGGCGGGGCCUGGCUCUGUUUCAGCUCACCGUGUUCUACAACAUCAGGAGCGAGAAGCUGAUGAGGAGGAGACGAGAGGUGGACGUGCACGAGGCCUUUCACCUCCUCACGGAUCUGAGGGACCUGGACGCGACCUCCUCACACCUGGAAGUCUGCAGCAGCCUGUCGGAGCAUCACGGUCUGAAUGCGACGGGCAUGGCCAUCCUGGAGGUGGCGCUGCUGAGCGGCUUCACCGUGGCACCGGGCGCCAUCCAGACGGACGAGGUCAUCAAGGCGGUGGAGAUGCAGCCGGGGAAAGUCAUCUUGUACCUGGACUCUGUGACCACGGACGAGAUGUGUGUUUGGAUUCCGAUGAACAUGGAAUUUAAAGUCGCCAAAGUGCAGGAGGCGACUGUUUCCCUCUACGAUUAUUAUGAACCAAGACGGAGGACGGUGAGGACCUACAUGUCUGAGAAGAGGAACUCCAUGUCCUCCUGCUCCUUCUGUGGGGACGACUGCAGCGAGUGUCGAGCGGACGACCGCCCCCCAGGAAGUUCCUCAUCGAGCAGCAGCAGCAGCUUCCUGCUGCUCUUCAUCCCAGCGGCUCGGCUCCUCCUCUUCCUCCUCAACCUGUAAACAGUCAGAGUUCAGGAUGAGAUGUUAAAAGUGAUCACAUGUGACCUGACUUGUUAUUCUCCCUUUACUCAAACGUGUUCUUAGUUUGUUUCCAUAUUCAAACUCAUCACAUGAAAUAUAUUUGCAUUAUGUUAGAAGUGGGUGUGGCUUCGACAAGUCUCCAGGUUUUAAUCAGGUGUCCCUGUGUAUUUUUAAAUUGCUAAAUAUUUGUCAAUUCAAAUAAAGUAAUUCUUUAAGAUUUUAA